AUGCAAGAGGAAGAAGAUGUGGUGGAGAUCAGGAGAGCUCUUGCAACCGGGAAAGAGACGUCGAGUACAAUGUCUUCAGUUCCACCCAUUGUCUGCUACUGUAUUGCGUCGAUUCUGAUGACUGUGAUAAAUAAGUUUGUCGUAUCCGGUCCGGAAUUUAGCAUGAAUUUCCUACUCUUAGGCAUCCAAUCAUCCGUCUCUGUUCUCUGCGUUCUCAUCGUCAAGCGCUCAGGGUGGAUCUCAUUCCGUUCGUUCGACUCGCGCGACGCCAAGGCAUGGUUCCCCGUCAGUUUCCUUCUUCAACAUCUCAGCAUACCUAUGUACACAAUUUUCAAAAACCUGACGAUCAUCCUCAUCGCUUACGGAGAGGUCAUUUGGUUUGGUGGACGGGUCACCGGGCUCACACUCAUUUCGUUCGUUUUCAUGGUCUUCUCCUCCGUAAUUGCCGCGUGGGCUGAUAUCAGCGAGGCAUUCACUGCUGGCGACCCUGCUGUUGUGGAGGGGCUUGGCAUGCUCGCAACGAUGAAGGGAGUUGUAACCAAUCUCAACGUUGGAUAUUUUUGGAUGUUCUUGAAUUGCGCGACGAACGCAACUUAUGUUUUGUCGAUGCGCAAGCGCAUCAAAGUGACCGGAUUUUCGGACUGGGACACGAUGUUCUACAACAACUUGCUCUCUAUUCCUGUUCUCGCAACAUUCUCUGUCAUUGCGGAGAACUGGGGACACGAUAAUCUCGUGCGCAAUUUCCCAGCAGAAAGGCGUAACGUGUUGUUAUUUGCAAUCGCCUUUUCAGGAGCUGCCGCAGUGGGAAUAUCAUACACGACAGCAUGGUGUAUUCGAGCGACGAGCAGCACGACAUACAGCAUGGUCGGUGCAUUGAAUAAAUUGCCAGUGGCGGCGUCGGGGAUGAUCUUUUUUGAGGACCCUGUUACACCGGGGUCCGUGUCUGCAGUAGGAGUAGGGUUCCUUGCGGGACUGGUGUAUGCAGUGGCGAAGAACAACCAGAAGAAUGCGGAGAAUGCGGCGCAGCUCGGACAAGGUGCUAUUCCACUCACACGGAAGUCAUGA